UAAAUUAUUUUCUAAUUUUUUUUCCUUAUCUACUUCAAACCAAAGCAAAUACAUAUGUACUUCAGUAUACACACUUUCAUCUAUUAAGUAUUAAUAUAUAUUUAUACAAGGAUUAAAAUGUAAAUAUCUUUCCAAUUAACGGACAACCGUUGCAAUAGGUGAUUGGCGGCAGGCCUCCCAACUCUUCAUCAUGCUUUGCCGGCGCAUCCUUUGGCGCCAACCCUCCCCUCUCUCUCUCUCCAUUUGUCUCUUCUUCAGAGCAUCUCCUUUUCUCUCAAUCCUAUUCCUGCAACCACUCAUCUCCAUCUUCACCUCCCUGCCAAACACUCCCUCAUAAUCUUAUCCAAGAACAACCAAACUCCAACAAUUAGAAUAAUAGGGAAUACCCCACAGAGUUUCACAGAAGAUGACAUCUUUGGAAGAACUCUUGACGGAUGAUGACUUCAAGAAGGGAAGGCUCCGGCAAGGCCCUGGCCGCAAUCUGAAGCCUGUCAGCAUGCCACUUUACACUGCCACCAACCAAAACCCUCCCUACCGCCAUGACAAAAACCCCUCCAAGCUUUCCCGGCGCUCCAACUCAAGUGUCACUGAUGCUGUCAGACGCCCACCGGAUCCUGCUCUGCUCUUCCGCCCUGCUGGUGUCAUCAAGAUUGAUGGUUUUGAUGAACGGGAGAGAGAUGAUGAGUCUGGUGAUGGAUUCUCUGACAUGGUACAGGAAGUGGACACAAGAUAUGACCAGAAGAAUGAUAGAAAUCCAGCUCUGGCGAUUGACGAAGCAGCCACUCGAGCUAUUGUCUCUAUUCUUGCUGGCUAUAUUAGAAUGUUCUUCAAAGAUGAUAACUUCAGAGCAUCAUUACGUCACAGUUGCCUCUCAUGGCUACAAUCAUGUAGAGAUGGCCACGAAGAUGAUAGGCCAGUGACUAACCUUGAAAACGCCAUAAAAGCUGUAGAAAGAGCAGUGGAAGGAGUCCCGGAUCCAAAGGACAUAAAGAGAGCUUCUCUGAAGCUUAGUCUGAUGGCAGGGUUGAGCUCAGAGGACAUGAAGAAGAAUGGAUAUACUUCUGGGAUUCCAAACUCUCAUCUUUCAGCUUGUUCCCAUCUUUAUCUAAGCUUUAUUUAUAAGCUCCAGAAGAAGGAUAAGGUUUCUGCCAAGCAUCUCCUCCAAGUGUUCUGUGAUGCACCUAAUCAAGCAAGGACAGAGUUGUUGCCUGCUAUAUGGAGUCACCUUCUCUUCCCUCAUCUAUGUCAUUUGAAGGUGUGGUAUGAGAAGGAGACCGAAGCAAUAGCAAGAAGUCCAGGCCGAAAGAAGAGGUUGCAGGUGCUGGACAGUGUGUAUAGCAGUGCAUUGGAUGAAGGUACUUACAAGUUUGCAACAUAUUAUAAGGAAUGGCUAAUGGAAGAGAAAGAAAACCCUGACCUUCCCAUCAUUGAUGUGCCUAAUUAUCCUGAAGAAGCUAGUCCUGUUCCUUCUGAUCCAGCUCCUUCUCAGCCUAUAGUCAGCAAAAGAUUAUAUGAUAAUGUUUUCAGCCAUUCGAAUAAAAUAACAGUUAUUGAGGAAGUAGAGGAAGAGGAAGAAGAAGAUGAUGACGACAAGGAAGAAGUGACAUUAGAGAAGCAUAACACUGUUGAGGAGAGAACCACCCCAGAGAUUGAAGACAAAGAUAAGAAUUCAGGAGAGGAUAUAGGCGUUGUAGAACAAGACAUGUGCGCACCUUCUAAUGGGAGUCAUCAGCAUAAAUCAAGCAGUCUGAAUAUUCCUGAGGAGAAAGAACUCAUUGUUGAAUGUGAGGAUGUUAGAUCAUAUCCUUCAACUAAACACCCUCAUCCUGUUCCACAGGUAAAGGACCAUGAACUUGCUUUGAAAAAGCUUGCAAAAGCUGUGUUUCAGCAUCACUUCAAUGAUGUAGAUGAUUUCACAAUGCCAUAUCCACAGCAACAUCCAGAGCAUGAUCUCCAACAGGGCAAUCAAUCCAAGGGAACAAAAAAUGGUGUGAAAAAAAAUGCAGUGGCAUCCACAACAAAUUCUGGCACAGAGCCAUUUGGGUGCCAUGAAGGUAUAGACCAGGGGUCCUUCUUCUCCAGCAUUCCAAAAGAGUUCAUGUGCCCCUUGACAGGCCAUUUGUUUAAAGAUCCUGUGACACUGGAGUCAGGGCAGACCUUUGAGAGAACAGCCAUUGAAGAAUGGUUCAAACAAGGGGGAAAAACAUGUCCUGUCACCAGUCGGGCACUUCAAUCUCUGUCUGUGCCAGAUACUAAUUUUGUACUGAAACGCCUGAUCAAUGGCUGGAAAUCAGAGCAUUGCCGAAAUCUCCUAGUUUUGGCCACACAAAUUGCAGGCAAUUUUGUGAAAGAUCACAAAUCCAAAGAUGAAGCUGCUUUGUUCAUCAUAGAGCAACUACUCACUGGUUUUGACACUGAAGAAAGAAAGGAAAAUGCUAGACACCUUAUUUCUCUAGGAGGCAUGCAUUUCCUCACCAGGAGGCUUGAAUUGGGGAAUUUAGAAGAAAAGAUCUGUGUAGUUUCCCUUCUGCUGUUAUGUAUUGAGGCAGAUGGGAGUUGCAGGAGCUUCUUGUCUGUGAAUAUAAGAGGACCAUGGAUUCUUGAGCUUCUGCACAGUAAGAAAACCAAUUCAAGAGCUAAUGCAGUAAAGCUGAUGAUUGAGCUGAUUUGUCUGGACAGAAGGUUAGCAAUCGGAUCAUUCUUAAACGGCCUGCACACACAGGCAAUUGUGAACACAAUGCAUGUUCUACUUGUGUACCUUCAAACCUCCCUACCAUCAGAAAGAGCACUUGUUGCGGUCUUGCUCCUCCAUUUAGAUCUUAUGGUCGAGCCUCGAAGAUAUAGCAUAUACAGAGAAGAGGCAGCAGAUGGCAUAAUAGCGGCUCUUGAGUGCAGCAUAUAUGAAGGAAAACUUACAGAAAAUUCUCGUAGAGCUCUUCUCAUGUUGGGGGGCCAUUUUUCUUCAUCUGGGGAGAUACUGACAGAGGAUUAUUUGCUAAAACAAGCAGGAUGUUACACCAAUCCUAUCAAUGCUUCAGUUGAUUAUGAUGAUGAAAUUGAUGAAAUCAUAUCAAAGGAUGAAGAAAAGGCAAGGGAAGAGUGGUCCAACAAUGUAGCUUUAGUUCUUGUAAGUAAUGGAAAGAGAUCCUUACUGGAUACAUUGGCCAGAUGCUUGGCUUCUAAGAACUCUGGAAUUGUGAGAGUGUGCUUGAUAGUAGUUGCAUGGCUGAGUCAUGCAUUGUCAUCCCUGUCUGCUGCUGGCUUUGAACUCUCUAAAUUUAUUGAUGUUGUUCCUCUGCUCAAAGAAUGCAUGAAAAAUGACAGCAAUAUGGAGAACAGAGUCUUUGCAUCAAUAUCACUUCUCAAUCUGAGCAAAAUUUCAGAAUGUAGAGUCUUACUAAGAUCAUUUGCAAAGGAGAUGAUUAUUCCUCUCGAAAACCUCAUGGAGGUAACUUGGACAGCUGAGCAACUUUACACUGCCAUGUUUGGACAUAAUUAGUAAAUGAGUAAAACACAGCCAAUUGAUAGCCCACUGGAUGAUUAUCAAACCUUGACCUUCACACUUAUUGCCAAAGUGUUUCUUGUUUCCUAGGCCGCUGACAAAUAGAUCUAUCAUCUACAGCUGUCCAAAUUAUUUUGUGUGAAUAUGAGACACGCAACAACUGUUUAAAAUUCAACAAGACAAAGGUUUUUGUUCCAAAUUCUUAGCUUGCUGCAAUUAUAUAUCUAGGCUUAUGCUGCAACUACACAAUAAAUCAUCAAUGUAAAACUUACAUCUGAGCA